CCCCAGCAAGGCUCCCACGCGGGCCCCACGGCCACGUCACGCCGCACGGCACGGCGAGUACGAACGGGCGCGGGCGGGGAGGGGCCGGGCGUCCCUCGCCAGAACGCGCCGCAAUCGCUUCGCCUGUGCUCGUACCGGGAUUGCCUUGCGUUGCAAGAACCCGCCGCGUCUCAUCACUGCCACCAACGCGUGCGUGCUCGGGUCCAUCCAUCCGUGGCUCUGAUCGGCUCGCAUCUUCCUCUUCCCAGAGCAAGUCGCUAAGAACAGGGGGCGGAGAGGGCGCCUAGCGAUCGAGGUCGUGUUUUCUCGUGGAUUCUCCGGUUCUCCCGCAAGAGGAAGGAGCCGUGGGAGUGGGGCUGGGGAGCCGAGAAAUGGAGCGGGUGCCGGCGGCGCCGACGUCGAGUGCAGCAGGAACGCGGCAAGCUCGCGCCGAGACUAGUACCGCGCCGGGCGCCGGCAGGUCUCGGCGGGUUCCGCGAGGACUGGGGGGCCCAGACAACACGCGCCACAGCUACCGCGGCGUGCGGCAGCGCCGGUGGGGCAAGUGGGUCGCCGAGAUCCGCGAUCCCUACGGCGGCAGGCGCUACUGGCUUGGCUCCUUCGACACCCCCGUCGACGCCGCCGUCGCCUACGACCGGGCGGCCGUGGCCAUCCACGGCACCCUUGCGCGCCUCAACUUCCCUGCUGACCCCGCCGCCGCCUCCUUACCCGCGCCGGCGCAAAGCCUGCCAGCGUCCCCCGCCGCCGCCGUACCCACUGCCGGCGCCUCCGCCGUCGCCGCGCAGAGACAAUGGGGCCCCGCGUCUUGCUCUCCCACUGCCGCUUCCACCGUCGACGUCUUCCAGGAGCAUGAAGCGAAGCCGAUGGUUGCUGGUGCGCUGGGUGGCGGCGCGGCGAUCACCACCCAGCAAGGGGGCACUUCUUGGGCUGCGCCUGGGCCUGAGCCUGGGCCUGAGGAGAUGUUCGGCGACUGCUCGGAAGACAUUGCCAUGUACAUUGACUUCGACGCGGUUGCCGGCGUUGUACCUUGUUAUCCUGGCAUCAAAAGGGAGGAUUGCCAGCCUGAUUGAUUCGAAGCCGACGUCGUCGACUCACCGCUGCGAUCGCUGGGCGACUGAAAUCGAUGGUACAUGAUACUAUGAGAGGGAGGGGGCUUCGUUUUGUGAGAUGGAGAUUUCGCUGACUGCAGUAACUAGCUUCGUCGUUCUGAUGGUUCAUUGUUCGUCUUUAUGGCAGGAUUAGGAGAGGAAUUUUGUUGUAGUCUCAUGCAAUUGUCUAGCUGAACAUACUUGCAUCAUGCAUGUAGGGCAGUAGUCAGGUGGUGCCCGUGACUGGAUUAUAUUUCCUUUGUCAGGUAGAACUGCAGUGAUCUGCAGAUGGGCAUGCAGUGUAGAAUUUCAAGCCGAUGGUUCUUUAAUCGCUGAUUAACUACAGCACCGGACUUUGCUCUUAGGAUGUUCAUUAUGUGCAGUGCAUCAGAUGUCUGACUGGAAGACAAUUACGCGAGUCAAUAACAUGCAUGAAGCACGCUAUUUGAGUUCUGAAAUCUCUACAGUUGCUCAAAAGAAUGUUAGCAUACAUUUGUGUACGGAAAAGCACAGUACUCAAAUGCACCAACCAUAUCACCAAGAA